CCCAAGAUAGAGCAGCCUGGACAGUGAAAUGACGGCGAGAGCAGUGAUCCAUCCGGCAUGUCGCCUAGUGCUCCACCGUCGCUCGAGCUCUGGCGCAGCCUGGAAGCAUCUGUCGGAGAUUUUGCCAUCGAAACCCCCUGUGGUAGCAAAGUCCGUCGCCCAGAAAACGGAAGAUCUCCGAAAGCUUGCUGCCAGCUUUCUUGAGGCCAGCAAGAGGUCAAGCCAAGGUCGGCCCCAAAACCCACAGGAUACAGCGGACACUGUUAUCGAAUUACUCAAAGCACAUAAAGGAGAUACUCUGUCUGUCGGCGCUGGGCAUGCGCUGCAACAUACGACCGUUCCAAAAGAGGAGCCAUUGAAGGUAAAUCUGCCAUCGAGACCACCUACGCAAAAGCCUUCAGUAGAUCACACCGCGGGAGCCUGUGAUACCGCUCCCCCAACCCCGUCAGACGGCGUUGAACAGCGGAAGCCACAACAGAAGCCACGAACACCUCGCGCAAAAUGGCAAACUGUGACACCAUUUCCUUUCAAUUACCAAGCCGUUGAGAGAACGGACGAUGCGAUAACUCCAACAUUAGCCCAUGGAUUGGACCGUGUGCUUUUCAACCCAGGUCCACAUUUCUUGCAAGAUUCCGAGACAGAUAUAUUCAAUUUUGACCCAUGGUUAAAGAAUAUCCUACAACCAGACGACUUCGACUAUGAUGCGCUGCCUCCGUACGUGAUCGCAUCACAAGACUCGUCGUUAUUGGCCCUUAGCAAAAAGCAGCGGAAACGUUACGUGUCUUCGACGUCUUCGAUCACUGGUCUGCUGUCGCAGUUAUAUUUGUUGAUCUCCAACCAGAAGCCAAUCAAUACAUCGUCUUUUUCACCGUGUUUCCAAGAGGAGCCCGCUGACUUUACAACAACCUCUCGGGCUCCCAUGUCAGUUGUGCUUCGGCAUUUUGACGGAGGAUACGCCAUAGAUCUCGAGAAGCCUGACGACGACGACGAUUGGAACGUGAUGAUGAGCUUGGGCAAAUCCAUGGAGAAGAUGUUGACGGUCCCACCUGCGGAGUUUGAGAAAUAUCACAAAGUCAAUUCUACACAAUUUGCCGAAAAGACACCGCAGAAAGAGGCAUAUCAUUAUGCGACGGCAGAAGGAUUUCUUCUCCGAGCUCAGAUUGAUUGCCACGAUGCGCGAUUACCAAAAAAGACUUUCGAUCUUAAAACAAGAGCAACUGUGGCCAUUCGCAUGGAUCCCGUCAACUACUUGAGCAAUAUUGAUUACAAGCUAACUUCGGUAACGGGCCGAUAUCAGUCUUUUGAAAGUGAACUGUUCGACAUGCUACGAUCGGCCUUUUUGAAGUAUAGCUUCCAGGCUCGCAUCGGUGACAUGGACGGUAUCUUUGUUUGCUAUCAUAAUACAGCUGAAGUAUUCGGUUUUCAAUAUCUGCCUAUGGGAGAAAUGGAUAGGCUACUGUUUGGGAACACGGCAUAUGCCGAGCAAGCGUUUGCGCUUUCAAUAAAAGUUUUACAAGCGGUUCUAGACGUCAUUACCAGCAAGUAUCGCGGACAGGAUAUCCGACUUACGCUCGCACGAGAGGGCGGCGAAAAUACUUCUCUUGCAUUCUUUGCUGAUCCCGUAAUGGAUUUCGAGAUCAUGGAAGAUGGAGGCUAUGUGUCUCCUCCCGAGCUCAGCAAAUUCGAAUUACAAUGUCGCUCAAUCCUGAAUGGUGCAGAAGAACCGAGUUAUUUCGACAUUGCUGCGGAUGGGUCGGAUACUUGGGAGCUGCAGUACAAGAUCAAACAGGCCAAUAUCUCACUGAUGCAACUAUAUGAUGAGUACGAGAGAUUGAGAAACAGGUGCUCAAAUCUGAAACCCUUUGUUCCAACAAAGGGGCACAAGAUUUUUGUCAAUAGAUUGCGCAAAAAGGCGAAUUUAGAUCUAUAUUGAUCGGAUUCGUAUUUCGGUGUCGAUAGUCAGCGACGUUGGUAGAGUUUCAGUAUAUUUUAUAUUAUUUAUCUAUUACAAUAGCAAUUGCUUUUUUAAAGAUGCA